CCAAUUCCAGCCUGACACGCGUGAAUACAGAAAAUUCAACAAUCGAAAAUCAUACUCCCAUGGGUAUUGUAAAUUCGAAUGUUAUUUAAUAUUUUGGUUUGUAUUUUGUACUUUAAUAUUUAUGUAUUUAUAUUACGUUUUAAUAAAUCUUCCAUUGCUUUCGACAAGAAAAAACGAACAAAAAAGGUGACAUUGAAUUCGCAGCGAAAUCACGACGAAACGAAUCGAAAUCGAUACGACUCAGAGCGAAUUCGUCAUAAAAAUGCAUCUCGAAUUCCCAACGAUGCACCGCGAAGUCGCUGCGAAAUUCGCUAAGAAAUCGCUGCUCUUUCGCACAGAUUCGGUGGUCAUUUAGCUCAGUUUUCGACGUCGAUUCGAUAGAGAUUCUCUACGAUUCAAUGCUGGUGCAUCGCUACGAUAUCGCAGAUUCGUUGGGUUUUUGCCCACUGGGCAGUUGCAAAUGCAUGCCACAAGGAAAUGUAAGGGUACCGAGGUCUUCAAGACUCUCAUUAGUAACGUAACUAGGUUAUUAAUACAAUCAUAAUUUUAGUGCGGGAGUAGCUCCGGCAAAGAUUGUAGUCCUGCCUUCGUCAGCGACGCAGAUGUUGAACGGUACGACAAUAUUUGCGGGCAACUUGGUGGAGCUUACUUUGCGGAGGAGUGCGGAACCGAGCAGUGCAUCUGCAAGAAAAGACACCGAGGGUGUCGGCAGAAUGCUGAUUGUCCUUGUCCGGCAGGACGUGAAGGUCUGUGUAAUGUCGGUGGUGGCUUUUGUGUGCCAUUGUGUGGAUGCGCGACUAAUGAGGAAUGUACACAGAGGUGCCCAGCAGGAGAGAAAAGUAUUUGUAACAGAAACUUUGAUAGAUGUACCAUUUGCGCCAAAAAUUGUUCAUCCGAUUCCGAUUGCACUCAAUUAGCCUGUCCAACUGAUACACCAAUCAGGAAAUGCAACACCUACACUGGGUGUUACUGCGAUAUUAAGCGUGUACUACUUGAU